AUGAAGUUUCAAACGGCCAGCCUCACCGGCGAGAAAGUCGACGGAGUAGCAUCGAUCUUUAUCAACGAGGCAGAUGGUAUAGAGUUUGAAUCACCGCCAAAUGGUCACCACUACAAGAGCUAUGUGCUAGCUGCACCUGGGGACAUGAUAACUACUCGAACUGAGACAUCUUUGGAAGACGAGGUAGAGGAGUUCGUCGACCUGGUGGUUGAUGGCGUUUUGCGUGCCACCUCCACGCCCAAGAAGGGGAGAGGCAAGAAGUACACUAACACUGUAUCUUUCGAUCGAGUGCUUUAUCACAGGUUUGAAGGAGGGAAGAAGAGGGGCUUGAAGGCCGGUGUCAUGGAGGUUCAACUUCAAAACAGCCUUGAUGACAAGGAAGCCGCCGACGGCCAAAAGACGUUAGACCUCGGUACUGUAGAACUACAGAUUUGGCGCAAGUAUCCAGAUGCAUUACUACCGAAAGAUGUUGUAGCUGCUUGGAACAAUGUGGCCCAGAACAGUGGCGAGAGUCGGGCUGGGAGCCUUGAGGAUUUUCCCCGAUGGUCAGAUCAGAAUCUUCGGCUGACAACAGGCGUGCCGCAAGAUUUUGAAAUCGGAUUCUCAGGCGAUUACAAGACUUCCAGAGUGGCAAAAGAUAAAAUAACGGAGCCCAGGUUAGACUUCCGGUUAUUCACCUCCGUGAAAUUUCACUUGGCGACACCAGCAACACUUCGAGGACUUGGAUUUGAAGAUGUGCCAGAGUACCAGUCAGCAUCUAAGGCGCCUGCGGUUCAAAGUACUAUAGGCUCUGAGGAGACAGCCAAACAAGGUCGAAAACCUUUGCCAGGUGCGCCUGAGAAGGCACACAAAGGCGAGAAGCCCGAGAAAGGAUCCAAAGUAAAGACUAGUAAAGCACAAUCAUCUUCAAAGUCAGAAGCCAAGCCGACCGGCGAUCAAAAGCCAAAGAAAACUUCGAAGAAGGGAAAGACUAUAAAAUCCGAUGAUAAGAUAAUCGAGUCUAACGUUAUCAAUUUGGAGGAAGAGAGCGAAGCGAUUAUGGAGCAAUUCCAGAAAGCUAGCAACGAGCUACUUCAAGAAACCGCCACAGAAGGUGGAAAUACUAAAGAAGAGCCUACGAACAAGUUUACCCCUAUUAACAAAGGUUCUAUCGACGUUAACCAACAAGCAACAUCCUCAACUACAGUUACGACCCUACCCUUACCACUCGUUAAUAAUCAGCCAAAGUCGCCAACCAAACUUAAGAAAAUGAAGCCUCUCUUUGUUCGUGGCGUGAAGGGUAGCCCAGCGGAUCAACCACCUAAGUCCGUUCUAGAGACUAUGAUGGACGACGCCGGCGAGAUUCCGCGGGUACGGGAAGAAGCUGAGUUGGCUCUUUUAGACAAGUUCGUAGUUGUGACGCCAACUAUUCCUGGGCAGACACCUACUCCAAGUAACGAUGAGGGUAGAUCACACCUGCAUUUACUGUCGCCCUCUGAAUUAAGCAAUAAAGCUACGCUAGAGAUUGCCAAUAUGCGAGGCAACGGAAGUAUUCCUCCCAAUGAUAUACACCCAUCCCUAUUCCACUCUACCCUUGUGCGGUAUGGUGGUCAGGCAAAUACUACAGGCUCUUCCACACAAUCAUUUAACACUUCUCAGGAUAGGAGGGAUGCAGGAAUUGCACUCCAGGAGUGCUACAGUGCUGUGUUUGCUAACCCUCAGGUUAAUGACAAUUCUUCGGCAGGAGUACAGUUAAGAACACCGGUCGUUCCCAGAGAAGCCUCAUUAUUGUCAGACGCGCCAACGGAAAUUGUCGACCCAGAAGAUAUUGCGAGAGUAGUUGCUCAAUUUGUCCCUCCAACUCCAAAUACUAUUAGUUCCCCUAGUCUGAACUUUGAAUCGAGCCAAUCUCGAGUUUUGGGUUCUUCGGCUAAAGCAAUUGUGCCAGCCAAUACUCCGCGUUCGAGAGAGCAGAUGGCUAUAGGUCUUGGUAUCAAUACUGAGAUGAUGGAUAGUGGAAAUGAGUUGGGCCCACCACAUACUCCAAACGUUAUUUGGAGUACCGAACAGACUCCAGACACGGACGAUGAGUCUAGGUUUCUCUGCCGCGGCUCACCAGCACUCCGUGGGUCCGCCUUGCAAGAAAACAAUCUACGACGUGGCUAUUUAAGCGAAUCGCCAACGCCUUCUCGGGAACGAGGUAGCGCUCGAAACCAUCAACGUACCUCUUCUGCUUCCCAGUUUUCUCGCAAAGUUUGUACGGAUGCGAUGGGUUCUAUUGAUGGUCGUAUACAGUCACCACUCGGGGUUGAUGGUGUACGCCGGACGCUAUUUAGUACAGCCGUGAAGUCAUCGACACAGUCACCUUCUCUUCCACCCGAUCUACACGUUUCCUCAGCAUCCGCUGCCCUGAGUAUCAAGCGUCCAGAGAAGAGAAAGCCUUCUAUACUAGCAGAAGGGGAUGAAGUAUCACGGAAACUUUCUUUCCCUCCAGCUGAUCGAGACAGCGAUGACAUUAACAAACGUAUCACAGCCGCAAGAUUCCGUCUCGAAGCUGCUGAGAAGAAGAAAGCUAAACUUGACGAACAAGAUAGGCUAGCUCACGAGGUACAGGAGAUGGAACAGGCCGCUGAGAGACUUGAGAGAGAGAAUGAGAUAAGAGAGGCCACUUGGGGACGUUCAACUGAAGACUAA